AUGGCUGACACCACCUCCACCACGCCCGACGCCGCCACGAAAGAAGCGCAGCAGUUCUGGGGCUAUCUCUUCCGCCCUGACAAGUGCGGCACCGACCUUCUCAACCGCUUUCUCGAGGGCAUAGCAAUCUAUGUGGCCGCCCAUUUCGGGCCCACCGAGGACUGCGCGGACAUCACGCCCACCCAGCUCGCCGGCUUCUACAAGGCCGUCGGCGGCGACUAUGACGUUCUCUUUAUCGAUACGCCCGCCCCCUCCGUUGCCUUCAUUUACAAGUCGCUUGGAUGCCUACAUUCGCUGCAGCCAGGCCCAGACUCCGACGGCUACAGUAUUCCAACCGUACCAGCGCUCAAGCGCAAGGGCUUCAUAACAUGGCAAACCAUCCAGCUGCUGCUCGGUCCGGACGAGCAUGUGCCGUUCCUGCAGGGCGCUGUAGAGCACUUCGACAUCGUUGACCCUGGCACCGGCAAGGUCUUCCCCAAGCUGCUACCCAAGGAAUCAUUUCCAGAGAAGCCUGACGAGGACAUGUUACGUUGGUACGAGAGCGUGUCAAACCGCUUGCGCGAGGAAUGCGAGGCCGAGGAGCAGCAGCAGCAGCGCACUCGGGCGCGCCGGCCAGGACCGCCUGGCACCGGUGCCGAUAUUUUUGACAGCGAUGCGUCCAACGACGAGCACUCUGCUGACGAGCGUACCGGUGCAGCUGCUUACUUUCGGAACCCGCUAUAUCGUGAUCGCGGCGGUCGUCCCACCAUAAUCCGCCGCUUCUCCCGCGCUGACUACAAAGCUCGGUCUCCCCGCGAGUUUGUGCAGGACCGCGGCCGUUUGGUCGCCGAUACCAUAAGCCGCCACCUUCGGACGCCUUGGAGCAGGUCUGACAAGCACGAAAAGCGCCGGAAGAGUCUUUCCGACAGACCCAGCACUUCCCCGUAUUCUGAAGACGGAGUAGGCGACUACGAUGACGAUGCGGAGCCUACCCCCACAGGCCCGCCUCCGAGACCCUCGAAUGCGCCCAAAUCAUCACGUUCCGCUUCGCCAUCGCCGUAG